AUGCGCAAGCGAAGUGUGUUGGACGAGGUUGAGCAUGCGCUGUACCUCCAGAGCGUCGAGCAGCGUGUGGCCAACGGCGAGGAUCCGGCGACGAUCGACUCGUUCCGAAAGCACAAGUGGAAGCUACAGCGCAGCCGCACCGCAGGUCCGCCGCCGACCACGCAAGAGACCACCGCCGAGCCCGUCGCCGAGGUGCUCGCGCCCACAAGUCCCGUCGACAACACGACCGCAACGACUAAUGCCGAGGCAGUCGAAGCCGCGCCAUUAAGCACGGAUGCGGCAUCGCCGCCGGCCGCCCGCGUCGACGCCAAGCGGCUCGCGUAUCAGCAGUACCUUCUCGAGCUCAUUUCGCCGGCGCUUGUCAACACACCACAUGUCCGCUUCGAGCCGGUCAUUGCGCGGGGCAAUGACGCCUUCAAUAUGGCGAUGCCGUGUGCACGCGACGGUGCAACUCUCACAGCAUGCAACGAGCUCCUCGUGCUCGUCGGUGGCUCGUACCUCAGCGACCCGGGGCACGCGCACCCGCGGGCGAUCGUGCCGCGCCCCAUGGCCGCCGCCGGCACAGUGCACUUUUCCAACCACGUCUUUGUCUUUGAUCCGGCGUCGCACACGUGGGAGAUGCCCCGGUGCACGGGUUCGUUUCCGCGCGGGCGGGCCGACCACAGCGCCGUGUUCUUGCCGCCGAAGUCGCUCGUCGUCUUUGGGGGUCGCGGCAAGCACGGCAUUGUCUUCCACGACGUGCACAUCUUGGACGUCGAGCUUUGGAGCUGGACACAGAGCGCACCGGUGGCGUCACCGCUUCGAGGGCGCUUCUGGCACGCCGCCGCCGUGGAUCUCCGCUCGGCGCGGGCCUUUGUCUUUGGCGGGAAAGAUUUGCAUACGGUCUACGGGGACUUUAUGGAGCUCUCGCUUACUAGAGACGCGGCACGCUGCCACGCGUGGUCUGAGCCGCUCACGAUGGGUGCACCACCCACACCGCGGUUUGGCGCGACGCUUCUGCCGCUCGGAGCCGGGCACUUGGCACUGGUUGGCGGCUGGGAAGCCCGCAGCGUGCCGCACCAGCAGGCGCGCGCCACCCGCUGUCUGGAUCUGUAUGUGCUCGACCUCUUCACACACAUUUGGUCGCGGCCGCGCCUGGCCCAGCAUGUCGUGACGUGGUCGCUGCCAUGCGAGCGGUUCUUGUGCCAAGCGUUUGUGAUGGCCAACACACUGGUGGUCUUUGGAGGCUUCUCGUACGAGUCGUCGGCCUCGAGCUUUGAGAAGCCGUGGUUUGAACGCGAGGCGCCGGUCGCUGCCACCGCUUGCCAUCCGCAGCGGUACGUCCAUGGAAUGACGCUCCGACCGGUGCACGACCCGUACGUCUACAAGCUGGAUUUGCAGGUCAUGAUCUGGCGCCGACAGCCCAUGACGCACGCUUCGGCAGGCAUACAGGGGCUACCGACGGCCGUCCAUGGCGGGUCGUACCCCACGCGUGGGAACUCUGGUUACGUGCAUGCGAUUGUGGCAGACGACCCGACGCACAUGACACUGCUGCGAUUGACGCUGACCAAACCUCACCCAAUAGUUGUCAAUGAAGACGAGGAUGAAGACAUGACGUUCGAGGUCGUGACCUAA